AUGGAAUCUACCCACAUACGAGAGAGCAUCUCCAAUCUGAGCAACCCUCGCCAUCUCAUAGCAUCACUCAUUACUUCAAUCUCAACUUCCACAAACUCUGCCAACACCCAGAAUCCCCUCAAAUCCCUCCAACUUUCAGAUAAAAACCUCUUCCUAACCCUCUACGCCCUACUUGAGAAGGAACUCCUCCCAGCGCUGGACUGUCUAGAUCGCGGCCUCGUCACCCGGCUCAAAGUCUCAGACAGGAAUACAUCAACGCUCUAUCUUGUGCGCUCCGCUCAACAACAUCACACCCGCCACGGAACGGUCGAAAAGGUCAAUUAUUAUGAAGUGAGACUAGUCGCAUGGAGCUGUUCAUGUCCGGCAUUCACCUUCUCCGCGUUCCCUGCGCAGGCGUCUACUGAGACAGAGAACAGCGCAUGCCCAAAGGAACCAAUGUUAUUUGGUGGACUAACCAAAGGGAGUGAUUUGGCUGUUUGCAAGCAUCUUCUCGCUUGCAUUCUGGUCGAGCACUGUAAAGGAUUUGGCCAUUUUGCUGAAGAAAAGGAGAUUUCAAGGGAGGAGUUGGCGGGAUGGGCUGCUGGAUGGGGAGAUUGA